GUAACAAGUCAGACUACAGAAAUGCCUUUUGUGGGCGCAUUAGGAAAGGAAUCCGGACUGCGUGUAACACGAGACGCCGCGCGCUGGAAAAGGUGAAACAGUGUUUUGGAUAGAAGCGCGCAGCCUCGCGACAUCAAGGACAUCGGACCCCGAGUCAGGCCUUUCAUACGCAGGCUAUUAUGCGAAGCACAUCAGCAGUGUGCCAGGGAUUCCUGAAACUUUAAAAAAUCGAACCCCUCCUCCCUCCUCCUCCUGCCUCCAGCGCGCGCGCGGUCCACACAAGGGCGGACUGCGCUCGCGAGCGAUGUGAGAGCGCGCGAUCGACACGGUCACUCCUCAUGUGAGCUCGCCGGCACUUUUUUUUUUGUCGAUCCAUGCAAGUACUGGGCGAAACAUCCUGUACGCACCCGGUUUAGUGCUGCUCGGAUGCCCAGUUCUUACCAGCAAGAAAAAAAAAAAAAUUGCAGAUGAUGAGAUUGAUUCUUAGCUUUUGAAUCGACGUUGCGGCUUUCAUCGUCACGCUUUCAUCGCACCGAAAUCCAUUGUGUUCAGGGAGGCUUAAAGAUGAGGGCGAGCGCCUUUGACGGCGUCAUUUAUUUAUGCACGCACCUCUUUCUGUGGAGCUGCAACGUGCAACCUGUUGACACCCAGCAGCAGCAGCAGCAGCAGCCGGAGACGCGGCCGGGGAACGCGCACGCCGGGCGCGAGCAGCACGCGGCUAAUCUCAGGCAGAGUAUUAAAUGGGAGGUCAACGGGCAAGUGUUCAGCUUACUGAGCCACGGAUCGGAGUUCCAGCCGCCGAGGCAGCGCGACGGCAGCAGGAGCCGAGAGCCCACGAGACCCGUCAUCAUCAUCAGUAACGGAACUGCGGGGGACUCGAACGCACAACCGGCCGCGGCGCAGAGACCCCGGCACCCGCAGCCGGGGCUCCGAACGCUGUCUCGGGCGCUGCACCGCUUUCAAGCCGCAGCCAACCGGCAGAGGAGCCGCUCUCAUCAGCGGUCGGGUGCUGGUUCGGAGCCCAGCGCCGGGCGGACGGGAGAAGCGGGACGCGAGGAGUCGGACGCGAAGCGCAACGACACUGUGACUGCGGCUCCUGCCGCGGACCCCGGCGCGCCGCCGCUCAGCAACCUGAGGCCGGAGGACAUGAUGGCGGGCGACGACCCUUACAACCCCUACAAGUCCAUAGACGACAACAACCCUUAUUAUAACUAUUAUGACACCUACGAAAGGCCGAGGAGGAGGCAGCGACCCGGCUACGGUACAGGAUAUUUCCAGCACGGUCUGCCGGAUCUCGUGCCAGACCCGUACUAUAUACAGGCGUCCACGUACGUCCAGAGGGUCCCCAUGUAUAACCUGAGAUGUGCCGCCGAGGAAAACUGCCUGGCCAGUUCAGCCUACAGGUCCGAAGUGAGGGACUAUGACACGCGGAUGCUGUUGAGGUUCCCUCAGCGGGUGAAGAACCAGGGCACGUCGGACUUUCUGCCAAGCCGGCCACGGUACUCAUGGGAGUGGCACAGCUGCCACCAGCACUACCACAGCAUGGAUGAAUUCAGCCACUAUGACCUGUUGGACGCCAACUCACAGAGUCGAGUAGCAGAGGGACACAAAGCGAGCUUCUGUCUAGAGGACACCUCCUGCGAUUAUGGCUACUACAGACGUUUUGCUUGUACGUCACACACCCAGGGACUGAGCCCUGGAUGCUACGAUACGUACAAUGCAGACAUCGACUGCCAGUGGAUUGAUAUCACGGAUGUGAAACCAGGAAACUACAUCCUGAAGGUCAGUGUGAAUCCCAGCUACCAAGUUCCAGAGUCGGACUACACAAACAACGUAGUGAGGUGUGACAUUCGUUACACCGGCAACUACGCGUAUACGUCAGGAUGCCGUCUUUCGAUGUAUUAAAAAGCGUCACGGGAGUGGUUGACCAAGAGACGUUGUGGACCAAACCCAUCAACACACACCUUUUAAGGACAAGAAACCACUGCCGGCUGAAGGACUGCAUUGCUUGUGCCAGUCAAAGCUAUGCAUACUGGAUCAGAAUAGCAAAAAUAGGAAUCCUUAGUACCUAAGCUUUUAUGAACCAGGGGUUUUGAAAGUAACUGAAAACAUUUAUUAUAUUUUAUAGCCAAACUUUACACUUUUAUGUUCUAUUUUAUGUUCUAUUUCCAGCAUUUUAGAAAAUGUAGUUGUCUACAGAUUUACUGACAUGCUAAGAACACAAAGCCGAAAUUUUGAUGGAAUGAAACAAAUUAUCCCAUGAAAACUCAGCAACAGCUUAGUUAAGAGUAAUAUUUUAAAAGAUUACUUUCCUGACACAUGCAGCACUAUCAAAAUAUUUUUCAUUGAUUUUUCCAUCUCUCCCCAGCUGGGUUACAACCUUACCAGUUUCUUAUGUGAUAUAAUAAGAGGACUAUUGUUGCAGGAAUAUGCUAUUUUUUUUUUUUUUUUACUUUCUCAUCUUCAGACAACCAGUGCACAGAAAGGCAUUUUCUUGUUACAUAUAAAAGCCAUUGCAUAAGAAGGACUGUGAUUUUAAGUUUAGACAGCAAAUGAGUUGUUGUCAAGAUAGUUUUGCAAAAAUUGUGGUGCUCCCUUAAGACUUGAAGGCUGUUUAAAUAACAUUUAUGUUAGGGCUAUUGAUUUAUAAAAGCAUUCAUUGUAUUCCUUAUUUGUGUAAUAAUACAAAUGCUAAAUUUAUCAGACAUGUAAAUUGUAACUUUGGUAUCUUUUAUGCCUCUAGCUCAUAAUAUAACAACACAUCCUAAUCUUUAUAUGA